AUGAAACUCUAUCAAAUGUUAAGCGAAGCAAAAUUAGAAUUAGCUGGCCGCACCCCACUUUUUAAUUAUGGUGGUCAAGAAAUUCUUAUUCAACAGCUCCAAGAUGAAAUUGAACGAUUGACAAAAAAAUCUUCCGAAGGACGACCUAAACCAAAUGACGAUGGUAUUAAUGUUACAGAAGUUCUUUUAAAACAAGAAAAUGAACAAUCAAAACGUCGACUAGAACAAGCAAAUAAUCGCAUUCAAACAUUAAUUCGUGAUAAAGAACGUUUAUUAGAAAUUAGUAAUAAUUUACGAUCACAAUUAAAUCGAUAUGAAGAUGAACCAGUAAUGAUAAAACGUCCACAAAUUGCUGAUGUAAUACCAACAAAUAUUCGUUCGAAUAUUCCAACUUCACCAAAAAAAGAUUAUGUUAAUCUUGAAAAUAAACUUCAACGACUUGAACAACUUCAAUAUGCUUUAACGAAACAAGAGUUAGAAAAUCGAAAACGAGCACAUCAAGUAGCCAAUGAAUUGCAACAACAACAACAACAACAACAACAAAGACCAACAAGUGCACCGGAAAAGACUGAAAAUGCAUUAAUGAGUAGUGGUAAUACAAUAACAACAAUAGCUUCGGAGAAUAUUCGUGAUUUAUGGAAAGUGCUUGAUAAUACACCUGGAAAGGGUCCUUCGAUAGCAAAAUCAUCAACACUUAAUGUUAAUGCUCAACGAAAAGCGCUAACAGGUCGUACAACACGAUUGUCUAAUCAACAACCACCAGUAACAGCUCGUGGUGGAGGAAGAGGAGGAAGUACUCGUCCGAAAAUUCGUAAUUGGAAUACUCGUGAUGAUUAA